UGUUGGUUUUACAGUAAGUCGGUACUCAGAAAUCGAUAUAGCGGUCGAACUCCAAGUUUACGACUAGGGCUGCGGAGCCUCUUCUGAAGUUCUGAUCGUACACGACCUGCGUUUCAUAGUCGUCGUCCUCCACGGUUUUGGUCUUUGCAGAAGAGAGGCGGAAUCGGAAUCGGACUGGUAGGGUUAGGGCUUUGCAGGGUUAAAGGCUUUUCAACCCUGCCCGACUAUCGAAGCUGAUGCAAUAUGAGUUCGUUCUCCAUCACGCGGAAGAAGACUCCCUUCCAAAAGCACAGAGAGGAGGAAGAGGCAAAGAAAAAGAGAGCGGAGGAGGAAACAGCUCGCUUAUAUAAGGAGUUUGUAGAUUCCUUUCAAGGGGAUAACGCACCUGGGUCGAAGGCUUUUGUGCGAGGAGGAACAAUCAAUCCCAAUGAGAAGGUGAAGGCGGAUGCUGAAGGUGAAAAGUCCAAAGAUGGGGUAUCUGUUCCAAAGAAGGGGAGUAGGUAUGUUCCAUACUUACCAACACCUUCUUUGCCAUCCAAAGGGAAAGAAUCUGAGAAGAAGCCAUUGCAGAGGGAGGAGGAGAAGCCGAGGGAGAAAGAAAAAUUGAAGCCUCGAGAAAUAGAUAAAUAUAUGGAGGAGAGGAAGCAGGAUUACGAGAUGAGGGAUAAGCGAAAUCAAGAGCGUGAACAUUGGCGUGAUGGGCGACCAAUUGAGAAUUCUGCACCAUCCAGUCGCUUUGAUGAACUCCCUGAUGAAUUUGAUCCAAGUGGAAAGCUUCUUGGAUCAUUUGAUGAUGGUGAUCCACAAACUACUAAUCUUUAUGUUGGAAAUCUUUCACCAAAGGUUGACGAAAAUUUUCUUUUGCGAACUUUUGGGAGGUUUGGGCCAAUUGCCAGUGUGAAAAUAAUGUGGCCUAGGACAGAAGAGGAGCGAAGGCGUCAAAGAAAUUGUGGCUUUGUAGCUUUCAUGAAUAGAGCUGAUGGACAGGCCGCGAAGGAUGAAAUGCAAGGAGUGGUGGUUUAUGAAUAUGAGUUGAAGAUUGGGUGGGGCAAGUCUGUCGCUCUACCAUCACAAGCACUACCUGCUCCCCCUCCAGGACAUAUGGCCAUCAGGAGUAAGGAGGGAGCAACUGUAAUCUUGUCUGGCCCAUCAGGCCCGCCUGUCACUUCUGUUCCCAGUCAGAAUUCUGAACUGGUUCUUACUCCAAAUGUUCCUGAUAUAACGGUUGUUCCACCCGAGGAUGAUCACCUCCGCCAUGUGGUUGAUACAAUGGCUUUGUAUGUACUGGAUGGUGGAUGUGCCUUUGAACAAGCUAUUAUGGAGAGAGGCAGAGGGAAUCCUCUUUUCACGUUCUUGUUUGAGCUUGGCUCGAAAGAGCACACUUACUAUGUUUGGAGGCUCUAUUCAUUUGCUCAGGGUGAUACACUACAAAGGUGGCGAACAGAACCUUUCAUUAUGAUUACUGGUAGUGGAAGAUGGAUUCCACCACCUCUUCCCACAGUAAAGAGCCCAGAACAUGGGAAAGAGGCUGGUACCACAUAUGCUGCAGGAAGAAGCAGGCGUGUAGAGCCAGAACGAACACUUACAGAUUCGCAGAGGGAUGAGUUUGAGGAUAUGUUACGUGCAUUAACGUUAGAGAGGAGUCAGAUAAAGGAUGCUAUGGGGUUUGCAUUGGACAAUGCUGAUGCAGCUGGGGAGAUAGUUGAAGUUCUUACAGAAUCUUUAACUCUCAAGGAGACCCCGAUCCCAACCAAAGUAGCAAGACUCAUGCUUGUCUCUGAUGUGCUUCACAAUAGCAGUGCUCCAGUAAAGAAUGCAUCUGCAUAUCGCACCAGAUUUGAAGCAACAUUACCAGACAUAAUGGAGAGCUUUAAUGAUUUGUAUCGUAGCAUAACAGGAAGGAUCACCGCUGAGGCCCUUAAGGAAAGAGUUCUUAAAGUAUUGCAAGUAUGGUCAGACUGGUUUCUUUUUUCAGACGCUUAUGUGAAUGGAUUACGGGCUACUUUUCUUCGGUCUGGUAACUCUGGUGUGGUCCCUUUUCACUCCAUAUGUGGUGAUGCACCUGAAAUAGACAAAAAGACCACCUCUGAAGAUACAGGUGAUGCUUGUAAAACCAAUCAAGAUGCUGCUUUGGCAAUGGGCAAAGGAGCAGCUAUGAGGGAGUUAUUGAGUCUUCCCCUAGCUGAGUUGGAAAGACGCUGCAGACAUAAUGGAUUAUCUCUUGUUGGUGGUCGAGAAACUAUGGUUGCACGAUUGCUUAGUCUGGAAGAGGCUGAAAAACAAAGGGGUUAUGAACUAGAUGAUGACUUGAAAUAUGCACAGAGCCAUUCAAGUUCAGCUAGAUAUUCAAGUAGCCGCAGAGAAAUGAAUAUUGAACCAGACUCCGUGGGAAUAUCUGCUCAAGGGAAAGGGUCCCUAACCUUGGUCCAAACCCUUCCAAUUCCGCAGCCUGAACUAAAAGCUUUAACAAAGAAAGAAAAGAAUGAUCCUGUUCUACCAGCCUCUAAAUGGGCGCGAGAGGAUGACGAUAGUGAUGAUGAACAAAAGCGUAGUGCGAGGGAUCUCGGGUUAAGCUACUCAUCUUCUGGAAGUGAAAAUGCUGGUGAUGGUCCCAGUAAGGCUGAUGAGAUGGAGGUUGCAACUGAUGCAAGCAUUCCAGCACAACCUGACAGUGGAAUAAGUGAGGAGCAGAGGCAAAAGUUGAGACGUUUGGAAGUUGCUUUGAUAGAAUAUCGUGAAUCUCUCGAGGAGCGGGGAAUAAAAAACCCUGAAGAAAUUGAGAGGAAGGUUGCAAUCCAUCGGAAACGGCUGGAAUCAGAGUAUGGAAUAUCAGAUUCCAGCGAAGAUGCUUGUGGGAGUAAGAGGAAGGACAGACGGGAUGAUGAUACCCGUGAUACUUCAAGAAAGCGGCACCGCAGUGGAAGCCAAAGUGAUAGUCCGCUACAGAGAUCGUCAAACAGAGAUCGGGAGAGGGAACAUGAUUUGGACAGAGACCGGGAAAGACAGCGUGGUAGUGACAGAGAUAGAGCCCAUGAUUUUGAAGGUGAUAGGGUUCGGGACCGUGAGAAGAGUGGAAGUAGAGAGGGGGAUGACCAUGAGAGAGAUAGAGGCAGAGAAAGAGACAGGGAUAGGAGGAGACGAAUGAAGUGACUCCUAGUCGACUUCCUUGGAAAAGAGUUGGGAAUCUAGUGGGUAAUUUUCCAAAAUUGAACCUCUUGGGUCGUUCAGAAAUUGAGGUGGGUGUUUUUAGAUGAAGUUGAUGUCCAUGCCAAGAUGGAGUUAAGCUGGAGUCUGCUUUGGAAGAAGAAAGAAUUCUAUGGUUACUUUGUGAAAAGCCGUGCCAUCGUUUCUAGUAUUAGUGACAUCCUGUAAGAGGAAAUCUAGUUCUCGGUAACCAAUAUUUGUUUGGCAAUUACCUUAUAAUCACUUUAAGUUAAGGUAUCAUAUAUCUCAGUUGUGUUGAGAUGACCAAGGAGGGUAGGUAUUUCUUUGCUUUUCUAAUGCCACAUUUUGGUACUGGUUUUGUAAUCUACCAGGGGAUGAGAAAUGAAGCCAUCAGAAUCUUCCCUUUGUUUUUUGAAGUUCAUUUCUCACCUGAUCUUCUGUAUGCGUUUGGCAAUUACAUGUACUUUGUAUUUGAUGGGACGCACUGACUUUUUUGAUUCAAGUGUACAAGCAAAAUCUCAUAUUUAUUUCUAUUUACUAGGCUCUGUUACGGUUUCUUCUGCUAC